CUCAUGAUAGGGCGGUGUUAUAGGCCUACACGUCAUACAGGAAGCGAAGUUCACUCAAAGGGAAGAUCCCAUAAGGAAAUACAUAAAAUGCUGUUAGAACACUGCCUUUAUGUAGGUUACAGACAAACUGAAGGAGAAAUGGAGAAGGAUCGUUACAACAAUACAAGGUAAAUUCUGCCAUGAAAAACCUUUGGCAGGAAUGAUGAACCCUCGGAGAGCUAGAUCAGCACGUGCGUACGGAAUUCAGGAGCCAUCCUGCACUGGUCAGAUCGCCCCACUUCUGCCGAACAAAACCAGCAUGUCCGACCUUCAACUGCAGGUGGACUUCUUCCGUAAACUGGGCUACUCACCCAGGCAGAUCCAGGCUGCCAUGAUGAAGCUGGGCAUGGGCACGGACACCAACGCAGUGCUGGCUGAGCUGGUGAGGACCAGGGCCUCCGGGGGCCCCACCCCAGAAAGGGAAAAGCCGGCUGGGGUCGGGGGUCGCAAGAGCCCCGGGAAGGCCACCCAACUUCCAGUGACACAGGGGGAGGAGGAGGACGAGGAGCCAGAGAAUGAACUGAAGCCUAUAGUUAUUGAUGGCAGCAAUGUAGCAAUGAGCCAUGGCAACAAGGAAGUAUUUUCAUGCAGGGGAAUCGAGCUAGCUGUCAAGUACUUCCUUGAGCGGGGACACAAAAAGAUUACGGUGUUUGUGCCUUCCUGGAGGAAGGAGCAGCCCAGACCUGAUGUGCCAAUCUCAGAUCAGCACAUCCUAAGCAAACUGGAGAAGCAGAAGAUCGUGGUGUUCACUCCAUCGAGGCGCGUGGGGGGCAAACGCGUGGUCUGCUACGAUGACCGCUUCAUCGUGAAGCUGGCCCACGACCUGGAUGGCGUGAUCGUCUCCAACGACACCUACCGCGACCUGCAGAGCGAGAAACCGGAGUGGAAGCGUUGCAUCGAGGAACGCUUGCUCAUGUACUCUUUCGUCAACGACAAGUUCAUGCCCCCUGAUGACCCUCUUGGUCGCCAUGGUCCCAGUCUUGACAACUUCCUAAGGAAGAAGCCAUUACUGCCAGAGCACAAACGUCAGCUUUGCCCUUAUGGAAAGAAAUGCACUUACGGUAUGAAGUGCAAGUUCUACCACCCGGAGCGGGCUAACCAGUCCCAGCGAGCUCUGGCAGACGAGCUUCGGGACAACGCCAGACUCUCCACCGCCCAGAAAGAGGACGCUAGUGAAGUAGGCCUGGUGCCAAGGGGGGGCGCGGUCUCUGGCAUGAGCCCAACUUUUGGGACAAGCUCAGCCUCUCUGGAGCAGCAGUUACAGUAUAGACUCGCCCUGGACGCCAGUGGGGGCCCUCUCCACAAGGGCCAGGGGGGUGAGGCCCCAGAGGCCUGGUCCAAUGGGGCCCUGGCUAUGGAUUCCAGCAGGACCCCGUCCUUCAGCAGCAGCGGCUCCACCGGCGGAUUCUUGGAGCUAGAAUGGCCCAGCCAGCUCUCACCCUUCACCACUGACCCAGCCUCUGUCUUCAGCACAGACUCUGGCCUGGGCUCGUACGAGCAGCAGCAGCAGCAGCAGCAGCAGCAGCAGCAGCAGCAACAACAGCAGCAACAGCACCAACAGCACCCUAAGGACCUGAGCCGUGGCCAGGCCAGGCUCCCAAGCCUUCAGGAGGCUCCACAUCCCUGUUUGGCCUGCUGCCCCCACCUGGCCACCCCCCCACCACCGCUGCCACACCUCCUGCAGUCCUACUGCUCCAGCCCUGCUCGAUUCCAUCCGUGUCACCCCACUUCCUGUGGCUAUGACCCCCCUCGGUAUCCACAGCCUGCCCCUAUUCACCAUUACAGCCUGCCCAGCUACUUUCAGCUCGGUGGAGCAGGAGGAGGAGGAGGAGGCCAGCAGAAAUGCUGGUCGGAGUCUGUGCCAUGGAUGCCACAGAGCACACCGAACCCUUGCAGUCUUCCAGAGUCCAGCCAUCUGGCCAGCCUCCCAGGGCCUGGUCAUUUCUACCAGGCCCAGCAGGCGUGGGCCAGAAACUACCCGCAGCCUGAGCCGCAGCCUGUCAGCUUGGAUCCAGAGAGAGAGGAGAUGCGCAAGAAACUGCACGCCAUUUUCAACCCGUACCAGGUGGACAAAGUCAUGAGUAUGCAUCCUUACCUUAAGGAUGCCCAGAAAUUGGCAGCAGAGAUUCUCACCCUCAAGGCAAAAGGAGAGAUGUUCUGAGAGACUGUCACUGUCAUUCCCAGUGUCUCUCUUUGUUUAGUUUUUUUCCUGGAGCUUCAAAGUAUUUGUGGCCAAAGACACCAGAGUCUACAGGAUCAAGUCCUAUAUAACACAGAGACUGCAGAGACUCCAGUAUGAGUAUUUUACUACAGUAGGUUGAGCUUUUCAGCCAAGGUGAUCUAUGCACUGACGUUAAGUAAGGUCAUAUGACAGUUACAGUAUAUGGCAUUUUCUCACCUGUGUAAGUAAGCAGUAGUCUUGCCAUUUGACUAUUAUGUGCACUUGCCUUAUAAAUUUGCCUUUGUGCUAAGUAUGAUAAUGGGAGAAAACUGUGUGCUGGGUUACAAGGGCUACAGUGUUGAUACAUAUUGUAUCUUAUCAUAUUGUAUGUAGGUAUGAAUUGUAUUUUACAAUACACGGCAUCCAAAGCCAAAAAAUGAACAUUUUGUGUCAUCAAAAUCCAAAUAGUACUAAUGUAAUUUUAAGUAAUGCUGCGUUGGUAAUAAGGCUUUCGGUUGGUUUGUACGGGGUUAAUAUUCACACUCAAUCUGAUUUUGAAGAUCUGUUUUCAAAUUGUACAAAGAUUUCGUGUGUUACUAAACUAAAGCACACACCUACAGCAUCCACAAAAGCAUACAAAUAUUUAGACUCUUCACUUUCCUCUGAAUUUUGUCAUUUUUUUUAUUAAUGUUAAAAGGUCAAUAUUUGCUGAAAUACUUCACGAUAAGUUUGUCCUCUAAGUUUAUUAUUUAAUUCCUCAUCUCUAUUAAUUGCUUUGAACCAGUUCAUCCAGUAUUCACAAUAAUGGGUCUUCAUUUUUAUCUAUGAUUAUCUUUCUGAUGAUUGCAUAUUGUUAAGUUUGUAUGUUAGUAAGCAUCUGUACAAGACACUGUAUUUACUAAGUAAUCCUGAAAAGUUCUCAUGCAUAAGGUUUUAACCAAGCCACCUUUUAAAAGGUGUAGUGUGUAGGAUUUAGGGGAAUCUAUUAGCAGAAAUGGAAUAUAGUAUUUAUAAUGUGUUUUUCAUUAGUGUGAAAUCACCUUUACGAAUGGUUGUGUUUUUGUCGGCCUCAUAUCUACAUAGGGGGCAGGGCCUCUUCCAAGGAGUCCGCCAUGUUGCACCGCCAUGUUUCUACAGUAGCCCAGAUUGAACAAACCAUAACACUGGCUUUAGAGAUGCCCUGCGUUUCUAUGGCAACUGACGGAUACUGUAGGUUAUCCUACACACGGGAGGGGUAGUCAGUUAGUUGCAAUCUGCAACCUUGCCGCUAGACGCCACUAAAUCCUGCACAAUUCUCCUUUUAAAGAGUUGAAUGUAAGAUCUCUGUAAUAGUACUGAAUAAUUUUGCAUUACCUAAAUUAAAUUCAGUCCACUGAAAAAUAUCAACUA